AUGUAUAGUGUUAAUGUGACACCGGACAGAUCAGAAAAAAAUUCUAAAAACGUGGAAAACGAAAUGGGAGUAUACAGAAAUCGAAGAAAGCAAUCAAUUCCUGUUAAAGUUUUCAAUUAUCUCAAAACGCAAAUGCAAACGGAGGGACUUCCAAAGGGCGAGCUUGAAGAACUCGGGGGCGUUUUAGGGGGUUCCACCGCCGGUGCCCUGGCCCUCGGUGGCCGGCACAAGCCGGAGGAGCUUGCGACCCUCGCGGCGAAUACCAGGUUCUCCAGGAAGGAGAUACAGCUGAUAUAUCGGGGUUUCAAGCAGGAAAACACUUCUGUGACCCCCAGUAACCAAGUUCUGUUAGUUAUAGAAAUGGGACGGUGAUUGUUAUCCGAAUCUUCAGAUGCCAGCCAGUACGCCCACUACGUUUUCAACACCAUGAAGAGGAAACCGUCUGGAAAGAUUAGCUUCGAGGAAUUCUUAACCAUCCUGUCGAAAGUAUCCAGAGGUUCGGUGGAGGAGAAACUCCAAUGGGUGUUCGGGCUUUAUGAUCUGGACGGUGAUGGAUUGAUCAGUAAAGAAGAGAUGCUGGAUGUGGUUGGUUCCAUUUACGAGAUGCUGGGUCGUUAUACUCAGCCCCAAAUAGGUGAGCCGCAUAUGGCUGCCCGGGAACACGUCGAUCGUAUUUUUCACUUAAUAGACGCCAACAAAGAUGGCGUGGUGACAAUCGAGGAAUUGGUACAAUGGUGUUCCAAGGACGAGCAGCUUCUGCGUAGUCUCGACACUCUCGACACUGUCUUAUGAGAUCGUUGCGAUUGUUUUGUAAUCCCCAAUCGAUGCCCGACGGUCACGGAUUACCUAGAAAUAUCCAGGCGUACAGGCGAGCUAUGCGCGUAGUUUCCGGAGUAGCUCGACGACCGAUUG